AUGGCGCCUGCGAACACUUCAGCUGCCGUCCAGGCUGCCGCCACAACAGUGGUCGAGCAUGUCGAUGGCUUCCGCGGCGACGAAUUCUCGAACAACUUGUUCAGCGACCUAGCACCACUUCUGGCUCUGUUCGGCGAGCAAGUCACCAAACAGUUCUUGAGCAUGUCUAUGGGAUGGACCGACAACAUCUUGCUAGCUAUGGGAUAUUUAGGCAUAAUGACGAUAAUGGUUAGCGAGUGA